CAGAGAGUACCCGCCGUCCCUGCACCCGAGACUGACCCCAGAGAGGACCCCCAGCCCUGGACCUGGGGACUGACCCCAGAGAGGACCCCCACCCCUGGACUGGGGACUGACCUCAGAGAGGACCCCCGGCCUGGACCUGAGGAGAGGAUCUCAGAGAAUAUCAGUUCCCUGAGCCCUCAUGUCCAGGGGGAAGCUGUUGCCAAGCAUCUCUCAUAGUUCGUGGGAGGGCUGGAACACGGCCUACAGGUGGUGACAAGGUGACAGGGAUCUCCUUUUUAAUGCUCAUCUUAAUUCAGUGCCAGACCUCCUGUGUGAAGAGCACCCUGCAGUGGGGACAGAUAACUGCAGAAUAAAUGCCGUCUGAAAAACAGUUUCAUCUGUCAUGGAAAAACGUGAGACAUUUGUACAAGUGGUGUCUAAGGAGCUGAUUGAAGAAUUUUUGCAAUUCAUUCAACUUGAUAAAGAUGCUUCUGACCCUUUCAACCUAAAUGAAUUACUAGAAGAAUUAUCAAGGAAACAGAAGGAGGAACUGUGGCAAAGGCUCAAGAAUUUAUUGACAGAUGUGUUGUUAGAGAGCCCUGUGGAUGGGUGGCAUGCAGGGGAAGCCCAGGGUGAAGAUAAUAUGGAAACAGAGCAUGGUGCAAAAAUGAAAAAAAACAUAGAAAUAAUUCAUGCAAUUACAUCUGUGAUUCUUGCUUCUGUGUCUGUAAUAAAUGAAAGUGAGAACUAUGAAGCCUUACUGGAAUGUGCUGUUAUAUUAAAUGGUAUUUUAUAUGCGUUACCUGAAUCUGAACGAAAGCUGCAGAGUUCCAUUCAGGAUUUGUGUGUUAUGUGGUGGGAGAAAGGCCUGCCUGCCAAAGAAGAUAUGGGGAAGACUGCUUUUAUCAUGCUGUUAAGGAAGAGUCUCGAGACUAAAACAGGUGCAAACAUAUGUCGGCUUUGGCAUAUUCAUCAAGCUUUAUAUUGCUUUGAUUAUGAUUUGGAGGAAAGUGGAGAAAUUAAAGAUAUGCUACUUGAGUGCUUCAUAAAUGUUAAUUAUAUCAAGAAAGAAGAGGGGAGAAGAUUUCUUAGUUCUCUUUUCAAUUGGAAUAUAAAUUUUAUUAAAAUGAUCCAUGGGACCAUUAAGAACCAGUUACAGGGAUUACAAAAAUCUUUGAUGGUACACAUUGCAGAAAUUUAUUUCAGAGCUUGGAAAAAGGCUUCAGGGAAAAUAUUGGAGACAAUCGAAAAUGGCUGCAUCCAGGACUUGAUGUACCAUGGGAUCCACCUGCCAAGGAGGUCUCCAGUGCACUCCAAAGUGCGGGAGGUGCUGAGUUAUUUUCACCAUCAAAAGAAAGUUCGGCAGGGAGUGGAAGAGAUGCUUUAUAGAUUGUAUAAGCCCAUCCUUUGGAGAGGAUUAAAGGCCAGAAACUCUGAAGUCCGGUCAAAUGCUGCACUGUUGUUCGUUGAAGCAUUUCCUAUUCGGGAUCCUAGCUUUAAUGCUAUUGAAAUGGAUAGUGAAAUUCAGAAACAAUUUGAAGAACUCUAUAGCCUUUUAGAAGAUCCUUAUCCGAUGGUCCGUUCCACAGGGAUCCUUGGUGUUUGUAAAAUAACUUCCAAAUACUGGGAAAUGAUGCCUCCGACCAUUCUUAUUGAUCUCCUCAAGAAAGUAACUGGGGAACUGGCGUUUGAUACAAGCUCAGCUGACGUACGCUGUUCUGUCUUUAAGUGUCUGCCGAUAAUUUUGGAUAACAAAUUAAGCCACCCAUUAUUAGAACAGCUUUUGCCAGCACUAAAAUACAGUCUCCAUGACAAUUCAGAAAAAGUGAGAGUGGCUUUUGUUGAUAUGCUGCUGAAAAUUAAAGCAGUGAGGGCUGCUAAGUUUUGGAAAAUAUGCCCCAUGGAGCAUAUUUUGGUUCGUCUGGAAUCGGAUUCCCAGCCUGUGUCUCGGCGCCUAGUGAGCCUCAUCUUUAACUCUUUCCUGCCUGUGAACCAGCCCGAGGAGGUGUGGUGUGAGCGCUGUGUCACACUGGUCCAGAUGAACCAUGCAGCCGCCAGGAAGUUCUAUCAGCAUGCCCACGAGCAUACCGCCUGCACGAACAUAGCAAAGCUGAUUCAUGUGAUUCGCCAUUGCUUAAAUGCCUGCAUACGGAGGGCAAUAAGAGAGCAGCAAGAGGACCACGCAGAGAGGGAGAAGGAGAAGGAGAACGUGAGCGUUCUGGACAAAACACUGUCAGUAAGCGAUGUUGCAUCCAUGGCGGGUUUAUUAGAGAUCGUUGUGAUUCUCUGGAAAAGUAUUCACAGAAGUAUGGAAAAUAAUAAAGAGGCCAGAGUUUACACCAUUAACAAGUUUGCUUCUGUGCUCCCUGAGUACCUGGAAGUGUUUAAGGAUGAUCGGUGUAAGAUCCCUUUGUUUAUGCUGAUGUCCUUUAUGCCUGCUUCUGCUGUGCCUGCAUUCAGCUGUGGUGUGAUUUCCACGUUAAGAAACCAAGAGGAAGGAGCGGCAGACAAGAGCUACUGUACUUUGUUGGACUGUCUCUGCUCCUGGGGGCAAGUGGGACACGUUCUGGAACUCACUUGUGACUGGCUGCCAGACGAGCAGUCCCAGAGCAAGAGUAACUCAGCAUCUAAACGUAAAGUGCAAAUCCAUGAUACAUGCCCAAUAAAACCUGAAUUGGCUUUGGUUUACAUAGAGUAUCUGCUGACCCAUCCAAAGAAUCGAGAGUGCCUGCUCUCUGCUCCCCAGAAGAAACUUAACAAUCUUUUGAAAGCACUUGAAACAUCAAAGGUGGAUCUAGAAUCAAUUUUGCAGUUGCCUGGUGGGAAACCUCACACCUUUAAUGAAGCAACUGCCCUUCGAGCCUUCAGCCUCUAUUGUCGGUUGAGUAUUCAUCUUCAGCACAAGUUCUGCUCAGAAGGAAAAGUUUACCUGUCCACUUUGGAAGACACUGGGUUUUGGUUAGAAAGCAAAGUUUUAUCUUUUAUCCAAGAUCAAGAAGAAGAAUAUCUGAAGCUUCAUAGGGUCGUUUAUCAGCAAAUUAUCCAGACCUACCUGACUGUGUGUAAGGACGUUGUUAUGGUCGGCCUUGGCGAUUGUAAGUUUCAGAUACAACUUUUACAGUGGAGUCUUGGAAUCAUGCAAACAGUGAAGGGAUUCUUUUAUGUUUCAUUACUUCUUGGCAUUCUGAAAGAGGUAACUGGAAGUACCUUGACGCAGAAAACAGAUUCAGACAAAGAAGUUGCAACGCUGUUUGAUAUGGUCCAGAAGGUGUUUCAGAAAAUGUUGGAAUGUAUGGCAUGGAGCUUCAGAAAGCAGCCAGAAGAAGGCCUGCGGCUCCUUUAUUCUGUUCAGACCCCUCUUCAUGAAUUUAUAACCACCGUUCAGUCUUGGCACGUGGAUACACCUGUUCACCGGGGCGUUCUUUCAACUCUGAUUGCUGCGUCUGUGGUCGAGAUAAGUCACCGACUACGAAAGGUUUCUGAUGUAGAAGAGCUUACCCCCUUGGAGUGUCUUUCAGACCUUCCACCAUUUUCAAGGUGUUUAAUAGGAAUAAUAAUAAAAUCUCCAAAUGUGGUCAGAUCAUUUUUAGAUGAAUUAAAGGCAUGUGUUACUUCUGAUGAUAUUGAAGGCAUUGUAUGUCUCACAGCUGUUGUGCAUAUUAUUUUGGUUAUUAAUAAAGUUAAACAUAAGAGUUCAAAAGUGAAGGAUGUUGCAGCCACUGUUCACAGAAAACUGAAGACAUUCAUGGAAAUUACUUUGGAAGAGGAUAGCAUGGAAAGGUUUCUCUAUGAAACGUCAUCGAGAACUUUGGGAGAACUUUUGAAUUCAUAAGCAAGCCAACAUCUUUGGUCAUGUAAAAAUAGAGAAAAAGGACUUACAGAAAAUGAAAUGAUUGUGUAUUUUCCUAGUGUUUUUAAUAUUAAUAACCCAUGUAAUAGAGAAGAGGUGGGAUUCAUUUGGUAGGGUAGGAGUAGCAAACUCAAAGGUUCUUAGAUUUUUGCCCAGCGCCUGCAUAAAAAUAUAUUUAAUGUAAAGGACUCUAGGUAUCAAUUGUGCAGAAACCUGUGGUGCAAAGAAAAAAGACAUUUUUCUAGCAAACCUGGUUGUUUUAUAUAUAUAUAAUAUUGCUUUCAAACUAUGAAUAAUAAAGCAAAGACA